AGAGCCGCGGUCACGCGCCCGCCCGAAGGCUCCUGUUGGGACAGGGCGCCGCCCCGGGUCGGCCCCCGCAGCGGUCGCGGCCCCUGCCUGUCCUGGCGCCGCCAUGGAGCGCAUCGAGGGGGCGUCCGUGAGCCGCUGCGCCGCCUCACCCUACCUGCGGCCGCUCACGCUGCAUUACCGCCAGAAUGGUGCCCAGAAGUCCUGGGACUUCAUGAAGACGCAUGACAGUGUGACCGUUCUCUUAUUCAAUUCUUCUCGGAGGAGCCUGGUGUUGGUGAAGCAGUUCCGGCCAGCUGUGUAUGCGGGUGAGGUGGAGCGCCACUUCCCAGGGUCUCUAGCAGCUGUAGACCAGGACGGGCCUCGGGAGCUACAGCCAGCCCUGCCCGGCUCAGCGGGGGUGACAGUUGAGCUGUGUGCCGGCCUUGUGGACCAGCCUGGGCUCUCGCUGGAGGAAGUGGCUUGCAAGGAGGCUUGGGAGGAGUGUGGCUACCACUUGGCCCCCUCUGAUCUGCGCCGGGUCACCACAUACUGGGACACUACGAUGGGCUCCUGACCCCAGCUGAGGUCUUGGGGAAGGAGGAGGGUGUCACAGAGACCCCCACCCCCACCAGCUGAGCACCAGCCUCCACAGCCUCCUCCAGAGGCCAGGGCCCGCUCCACUGGGAGAAGCACCGGAAGUCUCUGCACCUGUCAGCCUGGCACAUGGGCCACUCAGGGUUGAGCCUGGGGCCCUCCCACCUCAGAAGCCUCAAGGACUUAACCUGGGCACGUUCCUGGCUGGGUGGGUGGACUCCAAGUUAAAGGCAGCAUUUCCACGCUGGGCCAGGCAUGGUGGCUCACGCCUGUAAUCCCAGCACUUUGGGAGGCCGAGGCAGGCGGAUCACCUGAGGUCAGGAGUUCGAGACCAGCCUGACCACAUGGAGAAACCCCACCUCUGCUAAAAGUACAAAAUUAGCCAGGCGUGGUGGCAGGAGCCUAUAAUUCCAGCUACUCGGGAGGCUGAGGCAGGAGAAUCGCUUGAACCCAGGAGGCGGAGGUUGCGGUGAGCCGAGAUUGCGCCAUUACACUCUAGCCUGGGCAACAAGAGUGAAACUCUGUCUCAACAAAACAGAAUUUCCACGCCGAAGGGUGGACUUGGGUGUGAAGGACAGGCCUUGGUUUUCUGCAGGUGUCCACCCCGUGGCGGGCCAUGCCCACUGUGCCCCCAGCUCCCCGGCCCAUAGUACUGAGCAAAGCCGGGACGUGUGGGAGGGGUUGGAGUCCCCUUGGUCCCCCUGGAGGAGGUGGGCCUGGGCAGAAUCCUGGCAGAGGGACCACAUGGCAUAGGCUCUCAGGGCAAGUGGUCAAGCAGCCCUGGCUGCGGUGGUUCUACUGGCACAGCCUCUGGGCCACAGCCUGAUUGUGAGGGUACUGGGGAGCCAAGGAGGGUCCUGGGAAGUAGGCAUCCUGCUUAGACUUGCAUUGUGAAGAGCAGGCCAUGGCUUCAGGGACGCAGGACUGGAGAUGCGGCUGACUAGGGGUCAGGGCGUCUGUCUCUGAGGGCCUGAUGGGGGGCUGGACUGACAGCAAAGUUCACCCACCCUGUGGCAGGGCCCGUGGCUCCCUGUCUGUGAUUCUGGAGGGGAGCCAGGCCUCUUACCUGCCGCUGCAAAGGACAAGGCCCAGGGAGGCAGUCAGCUUGGGGCGUGAUGGAGUGACGUUGGAACGUGCCCUGGGGUGGGGGAGGCGUUGCCCAGCCUGGCUGGCAGAUUCCUCUCAGCCCGGGCCAAGGGCCGGGCCUGUCUCCUUCACAAGCCGGCGGAAACCGGGGCUGGAAACCCCAGACCCGCCACUUCCCUCAGAGGCGCAGCCGUGGCCACCGCCGGAAAUGGGCCAUCAGGAAGGGGUCUACGGGAG